AUGUACACAUUUGAAAAUAUUUUUACCGAAUGCAUUACAUUUUUUAAUAGGGUACUUUCAUGUCCUUCACUAUAUAAUAUCGACAUAAAAAGAGGAAUGGAGGUUCAGGACACUCAGGAGUGGGCUAAUUAUGACGAAGAAACAGAAAAAGAACUUAUUCAUCCAGAGCAAAUCAUGAAAGGAGAAUUAGGAAAUAAUUCCGAUGAUGAAGAUAUUGGAUAUGUUCAAGCCCCUAUUGAUGCUCUUGGUCCUCCUGGUCGAUGGGUUCGUCAUAAGUUGUUGCAAAGCAUUCUUUAUGGAACACCAGUUUUGCUUGCUAUACAACAUCUUCGUAACAAACAUGUGACACGGUUAAUGAAGUUUGUUAGUUUGCUUGGUUGCGAGGAGUUUUAUGUUUUGUAUAUUUGUUUUCUAGUCUGGAUUGUUGACAUGCGUCUGGCUCGUUUAUCUUGUAUUGCUAUGGCAAUGGGGUUCUAUAUAGCCAAUGCAGUGAAAAAUUCAUUAUGUUUACCUCGUCCCCCAAGUCCACCUGUUAAACCAUUAGAAAAUGCUUAUUAUACAUGGGGUUUGCCAAGUCAUCAUUCCGUGUUAGCAGUUGUAUGCCCGUGGUAUUUAUGGUUUUAUUGUUGGAUGCAUUAUCAUUUACAGUUUGCCUCACUUGUUUGUCUCUUUAUGAUCAUCACUGCAUGGUCAUUUAAUGUAAUGUUUUGUCGCAUAUACAAUGGUGUACAUAGUCCUGCUGAUGUCAUAACUGGAAGCUUAAUUGGUUGCUUAAUAGUUAGUUUUAUGAACAGGUUUGACAACCAGCUUGAUCUAUCAACUAUGAUGACUGGUCAAGGUGUUCUUCUUGUCCCAGUUUAUUCAGCAGUACUUAUCAUAAUCCAUCCUUUUAAUGAAAUUGGGUUGGCAGCUUUUGUUGAAACGACUGCAAUGGUAUCAAGUAUGGUUGGAGUUGUUCUUGGUCGUGCUGCUUCAUAUGGACGCUCUGCACCUUUAAAAUCUUUAAUGGAAAUGUAUAAGUAUGGUAAAACACCAAUUAUGAGUGCUGUGGCUGUGGGAGUAUGUCGAUUUGUUCUAGGAAUUUUGGUAGUUCUUGUUACUCGUGUUGUAUUAAAAAUAGUUAUUCAGACUGUUAUUGAAGUUCUUCUGAAACUAACUGAUAUAAGAUAUUAUUCUAAAUCCAAAACUAGUGUCUAUUAUACUGGAUUUUCAAAAAACUACAGACUUCCACCCAUUUGGCAUAAUAAAAAGAAAGAAAACGACGACGAUCAAGAUGUCCGGUUAAGAAAUAUUUCCCAACUAAAGCAACAAGAACCUUGGAAUAUAAGUCACGUAGUGCGUUUUUUUAAUUACAUUGGUCUUGGUUUUGUAGUAUACUAUGGUAACCCAGUUUUGUAUCAGUAUUUGGGUCUCGUGUUAUAGUUGUAGUGGUUUCUAAGAACAACAAUAGAAAAAAAAAUUCUAUUCGAAAAUGAAUUCAUUGCAGCUUUAGAUUUGUAGCAAUUUGCAGGUGAUAUUUAUUUUCUCAUCGUCUGAAAAACACAUCGUUUUUUUUUAAUACUUUAUAAAAGUUUGAAAUGCUCAGCAGGCAUUUCAACGAUUUUAUAGAAUUUACGAGUAUAUAUGCGCGCGCGUGUGUGUAUGAAAUAAAAAAGACUUUGUAUAUGUUCAUAUAAUAGAGUAUGUAUGUGUUAGAUUCACAGAUAGCGAUAUUUCCUAAUUUUUUAAUGUUAAAGUCUAUUCAAAAUAAUUUAAAAAUCUUAAUUUUAUAUUUGAAAUUAUUUUGAUUUUCAAAAAAAAAAUCAUUAUUUUUUCUUUUUAUUUGGAAAAGAUUUUGUUAAAAAUGACCUUUAAUUUGUUAAAUUCCAAUCGUUUUGUUAAGAUAUUCUUUUUACUAUAAAGUAUAUAACAUUUUAAUUUUUUUCAAUAUAUUUAGCGCAAUUUUUGAAUUAUCAUUUUCCAAUAA